AUGUACGGUUACGGUUCAUUGGUAGUGCUAGCCUUGGUGCUAAUAUCGUCCAUCGGUAUUACAGUCGCAGCUACUAUUUUGAGUUCCUCUACGAUAUCGUCAUCCAGGUCAACAUCGACCAGCGCUAGAGACGUUCCAUCUCAAUCCUCGACUGAAGUGGGAUCACAUAGGUCAGUAGAAUUCAGCACUGUUGGUCCUGUUCUUACUGUCGAACAAGAAUGUGGAAUCAGAGGUGAACCUCCUAGCAAUAAUGAUACUGGCACAAAAACCGAUUAUUCAGUUUAUGGAGAAAAAUUAAUCACGUCUGUUCAUAAAGGAGGGGGAACAGUACUGGGCGAAUUUCCGUGGACAGCCGCAUUACUAAAAGUCAAAACAAAUAGUAAUUCUACUGACGAUGAUGAAAUAAUAUGCGGAGCUUCUAUAAUAUCGCCAUUUAUUAUUCUAACGGCCGCACAUUGUGUAAACAAAAUAAUUGAGAUCAAAGCGUUGAAAGUUCGUGUUGGAGGAUACAAUGUUGGUAGCCAUGAAAAUGAAACUCUUCCUCAUCAAGAUCGAACUGUAAAUGCUAUCCACAUACAUCCAAAUUAUGAUCCGAAAAGAUUAUACAAUGAUCUCGCUUUACUAAGUGUUAACAAACCAUUCGUUUACGAUUCCUACAUAAAUGGUAUUUGCGUACCACUAGUCGGCACUCCUUAUGGCGAAAAACAUUCGUACGAUCCCGAGCAAUGCUGGGAUGUCGGCUGGGAAAAGCAUACCAUUCAAGCUGGCGGAAGCCCACGACUGCUAAAGAAAGUUACAUUUAUCGUGAAUCACGACGAAUGUCAACAAAAACUUCGUGCAACGAAAUUAGGAACAAAAUUUAUACUUGAUUCUAGCUUUGUAUGCGCUAAAGAGGAUCCAUACUAUGAUACGUGCAGAUAUACCGCCGGAGGUACGCAAUUAUUUUGCAUUUCGCGAGCCAAUCACAAUAAAGUAAUCCAAGUCGGUGUCGUUUCAUGGGACAUUGGAUGUAGCCACGAAAUGCCCAGAAUGUAUGCAUCUUUAGAAGCAAACAGCGAAUGGCUUACGAAUGAAAUUAAUACUAUGUCCGCGUUUAAGACGUCUUCGUAAUCGAUUAUUUCAUGUUGCUUUUUUUUACGAAUACCUAUAUGAAUAUACCUACUUACCUACCUAAAUAUGUAUACCUAUUUUUUAUGCUUUAAUGGUGGUGUUAGUUAUUAAUGAAUAAUUCCCACAUUCAUCUAACACAGUAACACAAUAUGUUAAAGGGGAACGAUUUAGUAUCAAAAUUAAAAUUCAAGUAUCUAACUACGCCUUUCAAUUUUUAAAACGGGCAGCCUAUCUAUCUGAAGGUUUCUAUUCUACAAUCACGAUUAACAACUACUACAUAUUAUUAUAAUUAUACUUUUUUUCGAGAAAUAGAUUUUUAAAAAAUA